AGGGGGAGGGCGCUGGAAAUGUUUAGAGGAAAUGAUUGUUGGCAGCUCCUCCUCUAUCUGACUCCACAUUCCUUCUCUCUGUAUCCUUCACUUCAAGAUUAGGAGCUGAAACGUCUGGGAGGAAAGAAGAACGGCAACAGACGAGAGAAGAAGAUCUGAGGCGACUCCGACACUCUGACGUUUGAAGGAACGUUCACGGUGAAGAACCUCAGGCUUCAGCUGACCUCGGUCCAAGUCUGGUCACUAAAACACAGAUGCUUUUGGGUCACGUGACACAAACCAGAUGUAGACUGGAGUCAGUGUACCACAACUGGCCCCCAGACCAGACUUAGAGUCUCACCAUGGUCUGUCUGCUGGUGUCAGUGACCGUCCUUCACCUGGUCACCUUGGCCAUGCUCCUCAUCUCUACUCUGGAGAAGUCCUGGUGGGUGUGGGCCGACUCGGAGAUCACCGACCUCUGGUACAACUGUUUCCACGACAACUCCUCCGACACCUGGCUGUGUGCUGCUACCAGUGAAAGUGACUGGCUCCAGUCCGUCCAGGCUCUCAUGGUUCUGUCUGUGGUCUUCUCGUCCAUCUCCUUCCUGGUCUUCAUGAUGCAGCUCUUCACUCUGUCCACUGGGGGGCUUUUCUACUUCACAGGCCUCUGUCAGGGCUUUGCAGGUUUCACGGACUUUGCCGCCUGCCUCAUCUUCACCUUCCACAGGAAGGAGAUCCUGGAUGGUUCCAGAGACCAGAGCAGAGGACACUUUGGGUACUGCUUCAUCCUGGCCUGGAUCUGUGUCCCUCUGCUCCUGCUCAGUGGAGCCCUCUACGCCCACCUGCGCAAAAAGCAGUGAGACAGAAGCCUGGGAGACUGACAGCACCCCCCCCACCCCCGACCUUCAUUUUAUCUUCAGUCUUCUGGCUCCAGAGCCACAGGUUUCAGACCGACGACCCGGGUCUCCGGUGCUUCAGUCUCUGUUGUGUUUCUGUUGUGUUUUAAACUCAGUCGUUGUAUUGAUCACAUAUCUGUCAAAUAUAAACAGAAACGUUCUCACAUCCUCAAAGACUCAACAUCUGACUGUGUUUUGAUGCUGUACUCCUAACAGUGCCCUCCUCUGGUGGUAACUGAGGUGGCAGUCAGGGCCACAGACGGGUUUAUGGGAGAGAAAAGGAGGAAAAUGUUUUCAGUUGGAUUCGUCCCUAACUCAGUGUGUGUGUGUGUGUGUGUGUGUGUGUGUGUUCCUGCUGCAGAAAGCCACCAAUCAGGACGGACCAGUCCACAGAGAAGAAUGUAAAGUACACACAGCAGCAGGUGUUUGUCAUGUUUAUGUAAAGGUUCCUCAAACGUCACUUUCACCAGGUGAAAGAUUAACUGAACUGGACCGAAGUCUGACGGGCUGGGAUACUGUCACGGCUGCGUCUACCAGGGUGGGGGCCGGGGUCGAGGGGGGCGGGCGUGGGGGUCAGCCACUCACCUGUCUGUCAGCUGAACGGAAUUCCUGGCAUCUGAGAACAAUGUGCAGAAGAAGGAGUGUAAGGGUUAAGAGGAGGGAUGACACAGAGGGGAGGGGCCACGCUCCUGGCAGCUGAGGAGUCUGGGAGAUCAGCUGCACUGACUCUCAGGUAACUUUCACCUUUCAGGACUUGAUGGUUCUGGUCCUGUGUUCUAACACACACCUGUGUCUCUGUCCACAGAUGGUUCUGCUCCUGGUUCUUCACCGGUCUG